CCUGGAUAUCAAAUUGAGGAAUGUUCAAGUUUCAGUGUUUUGAGUAUAGUUUUAUUCUAACUGCCGAUGAACGAUGUACAAAAGUACACACUUACUGCACUUUGAAUUGUAAUGUGCAUCACUUGUGAGUUUAACUGAAUUGUUUACUCUUUCCAAUGGAUUUCUAAUGUAUUACUAAAUUUCACUGCCAAAAAGAUCUACUUGGAGUAUCCAUAGAAUCCCACUGUGAUUAGUUUCCUCAUAAAUAGCGGUGUAAAAUGAGCUGCAGUAAUAUGAAUUAUUUGAAAACACAUUUCUUCUGCAUGCGACAGAAAAAUCAAUAAAAUACAACCCUACUUAAAAGCAGAUGUUAGUGACCUGAGUAGUAUGGUAGUAGCUGGUUCACAGUAAUCAGAUGGUCAUAUUGAUCCUAAAUAUUGGACAUCUGUGUUGUUUAAUGUUGUCAAUCACGUCUCAUGAUCUAACUUUGAAGUUAACUAAACAUGUUUUAUGUCGAUAUAGUUGUAACUAAUUUUUAAUAAUUUAUUUUGAUACCGUCGUUUAUUUAUUAUUGAUUCUGAAAUACCUAGGAGUCUUCAACUAUUUACCAAUUUGCAACAACUUUACAUGAACAUGUUUUAAGCUAUGCUUUGAAGAAAGCAAUUCUAUUUAGUGUAACCAUUUGUAUUAUACGUAUGUGACAUGGAAUACAACACAAUAUACACAUCAGUUUUAGGAGUCUUUUCUUUACCGUCAACAAUGAGCGCGUAGAAUGCAUUGAAAGUUUCAGCUGAGUGUUGUGAUUUUUGAAACAAUUCUUUUCCCAGCUCAGAAAUUAUAUUUUAUUCUCUUCUUGUAAGAUAUGUGCCACAACUGAUCCCAAAAAAUUAAGGGACCCUGUUGCAUUGAAGUCAUCCCACUGAAAAUAUAAGACUAGAUCUGGCUGCAUAUAGUCGUAAUGGUGUAUGCCAAACUAAGAAGUUGAAUUUAAAGAAACUAUUACGUAUUCCGGAAGGGACGUUACUGCGAAGAUAAUUGCAAAGUGCUCGAUAACACACUUGCAUUACAAUGACUUGGCAGCUUUGAUAGUCAAAACAGCCUGAAAUCUGAGGCCAAUGUUAAAAGAUUGGAUGUGAUGAACGACUACACUUGUGCAACGUGCAGCCUGCAACAGACUGGUUAUUGAAGGAACACAAAAGACUCUGUCAACCAAAAUCUUAAGACUGAAAAAUAUAGAAAAUCCUAAUCAUACAUCAUCCACGAUACGAUCCCUGAAGAAAAGGAGAACUCCUCAAUACGAACAUUAUUCGAAACACAAAAUUGAAUGUGAGAAAAAAUUUUCAUGUCAAAAUGCCGUUGCCUAAUAUAUUGAGAAAAGCAAGCAACUACAUUUUGGGUGAUGGAGGACAAGAUUCACGUUCCAUGCUUUACCAGGAUGGUGAGGUAUUGUUUUGCAAAAACAAUGUGUGCGUGCAUCCACCAACCAUCAUGAGACAACAUUGCGAUGUUGUGCAUCAUCCUGGAUACUUAACAGUGACAUGUAGAUUUGUUAAAAAUGCUACAGUGCCGACAUUACAUUUGAGUUGGAUACCUAACAGUACGCUUCGUAAACAUCCUACCACCUUGGAAAAUAAUUUGUCGAAAAAAUUUGACGGUAAUGUCAAAGAACUCGAUGUAGAAUAUCAAAGACAAAUUUCGGAGGAAAGCUAUGACUCGAGAGUAGAUUAUGAUUCGACUCCAGGAAAUAUUGACGUGUGCCUUGAAGUCAAGGAACCAGUGAGCUGUGGAGAUUGUGAACGCAUUUGCUCUGGUGGAUACUCUAAAUCAGAAAGUAGAUCUCCGCGACAUAAAUCUGGAUCAAGCAGUUUUCGAUCAACUCCAGAGUACAGUGGCAAUUAUAAACUGAACGUGGAAGACCACAGUGAACUUCAACCUGAUAGAGAUGACACUGGAAAAUCUGUGGACAGUGGACAUAGCAAUACAAAUCCGGUGAUCACAAUCGAAGAAAACAAAACUAGAUCUACUAAUUCUACAAAUCAAAAUUCUGUUAGCUUAGAAAUUGCUAAUACUGAGGACAAGAGCGAGAUCUCUACAGCAGAUGUAAAUGUUGAUGAAUUCAAAGAAUUGGAACAAGCUAGUAGCUUGCAUUUGCACAGUGAUAACGUGGAAUCUUCAAGAAGAAUGAUUCAAAAAAGCAAGGCCUCCGAGUCAUUGAACAAAAUAAACCUGCAGGAAUCAGAAGGUCUUUAUACUGGAGUUAAAAGUAUAGAGAUUGCAGAUGGAGCAAUACCAAAGAAAGAAUUGAAUGGAAGAAGUCCUGAUCUUAAAGUAACUGCCAACAAUGAAAUAAGAAUUUGGGGAUAUGAUGAAGACAGCGUUAAAAGUAGGAGUAUGUCAUUGACAUCUACGUGUAGUUUGAGUAUGAUGGCUUCAACUGAAGUGGAAGAAUUUCCAACAUGGAUGAGAUCACCAGAACUGCUAGCUCUCCAGCAUAAUCUGAUGUUUCCUGAAAGUGCGACGGCAUCUCCGGUCACCCUGAGAAGAGCGCAUCGCUGCAGAAGGUUCUCUGCUGACCUGAGUCAAAUGAGAUCGUUAAGACUAUUUUUUGCUGAUCCUGGAUGCACUUGUGGACAACUAGUUGUUGCCAGUCGAGAAAGUCAGUAUAAAAUUCUACAUUUUCAUCACGGGGGCUUGGAUCGACUCGCUAGGACUCUUUAUCAAUGGCAUCAACUCCUUUAUCCAAGAUUGGGUACGGACACAGAGGAGGCCCUACCAUACAGGCAAUUUAUGGUUUGCCGACCGGAAGUAAGUCAAGAUGAGUUGCACCCUGAGGAAGGUCAGGUUGCUAUGAUAACUUCACUGGCAUGGAAAGAUUUGCUGAACGAACGUGGGCAGGUAGAAGAUGAUUUGGCGCUGCGGAAAGGGAUAUUUUUUGGAGGCUUGGAACCUGCACUGAGAAAAAUUGUGUGGCCAUUCUUGCUCCACUGCUAUUCCUAUCAGAGCACUUACGAAGAGCGUGAACAAGUCAAUUCAAUAAGAAAAGAAGAAUAUGAAGAAAUUAAAAGACGCAGAGAAAAUAUGAGCCCUGAGCAGGCUGAAAUCUUUUGGCGAAACGUCGUCUGCAUCGUCGAAAAAGAUGUUGUCAGAACCGACAGAGGUAAUCCUUACUACGCGGGAGAAGACAACCCUAACAUUGAGAUUAUGAAAAAUAUAUUACUCAACUACGCUGUGUACAAUUCCCAGUUGGGAUAUACACAAGGAAUGUCAGAUCUCUUAGCACCUCUACUGGCAGAAUUGAAUUCUGAAGCUGAGGCAUUCUGGUGUUUUGCUGGUUUGAUGCAAAGAUCAGUUGCAGUAUGUACCCCGACAGACACAGACAUGGAUAGAAAUUUGUGCUACUUGAGAGAGUUGAUAAGAAUUAUGGUACCUGACUUUUAUGCUCACCUCGAGAAGCACACCGACGCCUUGGAGCUGCUCUUCUGUCAUCGCUGGAUAUUACUAUGUCUGAAGAGAGAGUUUCCGACAGAAGUAGCUCUGGUGAUGUGGGAGGCUUGUUGGGUAAACUAUUUAACAGAUCACUUCCAUUUGUUUCUAUGUUUAGCGAUUAUGUGUGUAUAUGCUGAAGAUGUGAUAGCACAAGAUUUAAAAACUGAUGAAAUGUUGCUACACUUCAGUUCCUUAGCAAUGUACAUGGAUGGUCAUGUGAUAAUCAGAAAAGCCAGAGGUUUGUUGCACAAUUUCCGCCAGUUGUUGCGUUUGCCAUGUGCAUUGGCAGGGCUCUGCCGACAGUGCGGGCCGGGAAUGUGGGACAGCAGUCAUAAUCCUGUUAUAGAAUGCAUGGGACAUGGAACGAAGUCUUGUCCAUACAGUGAAAAUUAUUAAUUAUUACAAAGCUAAAAAUAUAGGAGCAUAAAUUGUAGUCAACUGCCAAGAUUGGUAUGGAAAAAUUCAAAACUAUUUAGCUGAGAUUACACUAAAAAAGAUCAUAUGAACAUACAGCUGAUAUAGUUUUGUGGGCAAAGUAAAUAUUCAUGGCUAACUACUGUUGAAGGAACACUAUACAUAUCUCGGUAACGUACUAUUUGUAUUAUUCAACAGAGUGGCGAUGAGAACAACCAAUGAAUUAUGUUUACAACGUACCAAAAAGAAAAUUUCAUCAAAAAUCUGUAACUGGCAAAUGCAAUUGCUGUGCAAAAAGUGUACUAAAUAUAGCGAAGGACACUUAUUUUCCUCUUAAAAAACAUUUUAUUCGUUAUUUGAAUACAUACCUAUUUUCAAGCCGCCUUUUUCCCAAACACUCUAGAUAUCCGUUGUAAUUGAUUCAUUCAACUGAUUGUCUAUCGAUGAUCAAAGGCCUGCAACAGUAUUAUCAUGGGAUAAUUUUUAUAUUUUCGGAAGGUCCUUCAAGAUACGAUAUAUAUUCAUUUCGAAAUACGAAAGGGUUUAUUUUCCAACAGAUUUACAAUAUUUUGGCACUAACUUUAACGUUUCUCCAAAUCUUGAAACCCUGUAUUUACUUGAAAUUCAUUCACUUCAUUUUUGGAUUUCAUAUCGCUGUGCUAACGUAAUUAUCAAUGUUUUUCAAGUACUAUAAAACCCUCUGAAACUUUUACACCCAUACCCCAUGUUAGAAUGAAGCUGACAAACGAUGUUGUAUACGCUUCAUCUUCAAUCAAUCAAGGAUCGAUCAUUUUAGAGAGUAAUUCAACAUCCAAAUAUAUUAAUAAGACACAUAUUAUUUCUAUAAAUUUACAUAUUGUCGCUAUAGAAUUUAUAAUGGAUAUAACAAGUAACAAAGUUACAACCAUGCAUUCAGUAUUAUAUUAUAGUAUAUUAUAAAAAUCAAAUGACUUCUUUUUUACAAUUUUACAAAUCACUUUGGGGAAAAUACUAUUCAAUCAUCACUUUGGUGGCCUCGGUUAAAUAACACCAAAAAGAAUUAUGUGCGUGUAGAAAAUGGAUGAACGAUUAAUAAUUUUAUGAUAACCGUUCACAACAGACUUGUAAAAAAUAUUCUAUCUCCUAAAUUAAGUUU